GACAGGUCGAGGCAUGUUUCGACGACUCUUUCAACUUCGUAGUUCGACUGGAAUUUCCAAUAAAAAAUGAAAUUGUCGCAACACUUUCCGCGGGAAUUUUACGUUUCUGGGAAUUCCCCUUAGCUACAGCUCUGAAUUAUUUAUUUCCCAUGGCCGUGUACGAUUUCGACUCAUAAUUUCCUUCGAGGUCAGUUGAGACAGAUGAGCAGCUAUCGAAAUGAAAGCUCACGAGAAACAGCUCCUUGAUAACAGGCUGAAGGAUUUUAUGUAUGAAAUCAUACCUUUAGAGCUACUUCCGUUCCUUCCCUGCUUGAGACAGCAAGACAGAGAAGAGAUCGAAGCCAAACAGUGUAAUCAUGGUCCGAUAAAGGCCACUUUUGUUCUUGUUGAUCGACUUAAAAAGAAAGACAGAGGAUUUCAAGAAUUUGUACAGGCUCUGAGGGAAAGUGGAAGUGAGCAUAUAGCGUUGAUGCUGGAUCCAUAUUACCCUUUUGUUUCUGAGGACGGUGAGUAAUUACAUAUAAUUUAUAUGAAGUCAUAUUCUAUUUAACUGCAGUCAAAGCUGACUGGUCGUUUCGGUACAAGUCGUCUCAUUCGAUACGAACUCAAGCAGUGAGAUUGCACAAAACUUUUGACCAUUUUAAGUAUAGUUUGCGCGUGAACAUUUUGGGUGACGUGAAACUAUAAUUUACACCUCAACUGAAUAAACUUAUACUGGAAACUACCGGUAACUCAUAGUCAAACCCGUCGAUCAAGACACUGAGGGGGCCAUCAGGAAGCGUCCGAUUGAAGGGCUUUCUUUCCUCAGGGACAAAGCAAACUGUCCGUAAUAAUGAAGUGACCGUAUUAAGCGAGUGUCCGUAUCGCGGGGUUUGACUGUAUAUCAACAUAUCAAAUGUUUUGUUUACGCUAGUAAGCUGUGUUUUAAACCCUGUAUUGUGUACAAGAGUGCUUACGAGACAAAUUUUUAAUACUAAUGAAUAUCACACUUCAGUUAAAAUUUGUCCAUUACCAAUGUGGACCUUGUGGAUCUCGCCAUUUAUCAAAGCAUGUUUUUCAAGUUUAAAUACUGAAGGUGGAUUUAAAUAAUAUAUAUACUAUAUAUUGUGUUCGGUGUUGACCUCUCUGAGAAAUAAUCCUGUCGGCUGUUUUUUUAUGCUAUUCAUAAAAUUUUGGAUGGAAAAAGAAAUCUUGUUUUGUUGGUAGAAUACGCGAGCUUACGAUAAGUGGAUUGUUUCUUUUCCUCUCGGGGAAGACUUUACGCCGUUUGGGUUUCUAGCCGAAGUUAGAUUGCAAGAUGAUUGUCGCUCAAUUUUAUUGGAGGGAUUAAAGGAAAUCAUUACCGAAACACCGUGUUGAUAAAAAUACUGAUUAUAGUUUCUUCCCUCGUCAUUGUACUUGCUCUAUCAGUUUAGCACAGUUAAAAACGUUAAAAAACGGCUUUCAUUGUAUAAUGAUUUAAUUUAUGCUGUGUGGUUGUCCCACUGGCAAAAAAUCAAUUAAGAUCGGGUUCAAGGCGAAAAAGAUAUUGCUACGUAGGAACAAUAAACUGGACAUAAAAACCGGAAGUAUCUAAGAACAUAAAACGCGAAACCGAAAGUGUUGUGGGAGGAAAUGAACCAUUUAUUAUUCAUUAUGUUAGUUUUAAAACAAAACAAAAACGGGUUUGGGUGAUAUUUUAAGCAAUAGUCACAGUAAACCUGAAACUCCCGCAUUUGGGUAGAUUUGUUCCCAAACAAUCGGUUGCGGUUUCAUUUUGUAAAUUUUUGUCAGUGGUAGCUUUAUGUAGAUAUAUAGCCGCAAAUUUGUGAUAUGUGAUAUUCCGACUGUCUGAGACCCUAGCAUUCCUGACUCAUUUACAGCUAUAAUUUGUUGAUCCAAUUUGUUGGCGUUUUGCCUUUUCAAUCAGGAACUGAAGAGGUCAACUUGAAAACGGAAGAAGAACGCUCAAGUGGCGAUGAUUCCAGAACGGAUGUCGUCAGAUAUUGCAGAGGAGCUCGAGGUAUCAGAAAUGGCAAUUCUUUUAAUAAUAACACAGAUAGUUUCCUUAUCAAGAUCAACCUACGCUGAAACGGUCCCUAUAACUCUCUCUUAAGGUUAUAUAUAUAUGCGGAAUACCUUCAGGGGGGUCUCGGACACAAGUAAGUGAUGGUAGCGCUUUCCCGUUAAAAUGGCCGCUUAGCACUAAUCCAUAAUAAAAUCUUACUCCGGGUUUCUUUUUCUUUAGUGUUCAAAAGCAUUUUUUCAGAUCGUUUUCUGCAUUCUUUUUAGAGCAUUUAACCAUCAAAUUGUAGACGAUCAAGAGAAUUGAACCGAAUUUGCUUCUAAACUUUCAUGUCUCGAUUCAAAUUUCACACGAACCCUGGGUUAUCUUAACGCAGCUUUGAACAACCCAGCCCAGAUACCUAAAUGAAAGCUUUGAACUGGCUAUCUUAAUAAACCAACGAUUUUAAAAAAAACUUCACUGUCGAUUAUUUUUGUGAUAUUUUUAUACAAGCGUCAGAAUAAGCUUUUGAAAAAACUAAACCUCCAAGAUAAAUUUGUUCGAAUGACCUGACAUUUUAAGAGAUGUUAUUUUCAUGCAGUGGCAGAUCCAGGGGAGCCGCCGCCUUCCCCCCUCCCUUGAGACCGUUAACCCACCGCCCCCACCCCCCUCCCCUUAUCUGAAGGUCUGGUUCCGCCACUGUAAUCUGUAAGCAACAAAAACCUGUCAGAAAAUUUUAACAACUAGAGGCAACAUUUGAUGCUCUUUCAAGAAGAGGGGUGGUAUUUACUGCUUUUGUGGGCAAACUGUCUCUCUAACAACAACAGCAACCAGAAGUUCGAUGUCUCGCUUGUUGGAACGCUUCUGUCUCAGACAACAAAUGCCUUUGUUUUAAUUCCUGCUGUACAAAUUUGUCGAGUCAGAGCACUAAAAGAGAGAAUAUAUCAACUUUCGGUUUCUAUUUUUGGCGUCCGGGACGUCAACGUCUUUUUUGCUUAAGGUCCCUUAUAUCAAAUUAAAGUUCAUUGACCUGGCUAUCUUAAUCAACCAAAACAUUUUAAAAAACUUGCACUGUGAAUUUUAGCGACUGUGCAAUAAUUAUCAGGAGGGGGAGCUGAAUAAUAAGCGGACAUAAAGUAAUAUUACGUAGCGCUCCCUACCAACAAAGGCUCUGACCCCCCUUCUGGUCACUUAAAAUUAUGACCAACCCCCCCCCUCGGCCCCACACAUUGACUAACAUUAACAUGAAUUCACUCCUUAUGUCCUCUCCCGCUUUUCAAUGAUAAUCUAUAAUAUUACCUCAAAGCUACGUUUAACAUCGUCUUUUGUAUCAUCCUAUGAUUCACUGGAUUGAAGAUUUGAGUCAUUUGCGUCACUACCUUCCAUUUCUGGUUGAGUCAUGACCAGCACGAAAAUAACUCAUAGCUACUAUUCCCUCUUUUCCUCCACUGACUCGUUAAAAGUGCUCCUUCAGGCACAGCAGGAAUUAAAACAGAGGCAUUCAGAUUCGUUGUGUGAGACCAGGAGCCACUCCUGGUGAGACACAAGGGCUCCAACAAGCGAGACAUCGAACUUCCGGUUCCUGUUGUUGUUAGGGAGACAGCUUGCCCUCAAAAACAUUAGAUACCAGUCCCCCCCUUCUUGAAAGAGAAUCUUAAAUGUUGCCCAACGCCCCACCCACCCCCUCUCCUUCUUUAGGAAAUGAUGAAUAGGAUGUCAUUCCAGUGGAAAAUUUCCGAGAGGAGCGGAACAUCCGGAAAAGGAAGUCCUUUUUUCCGGACGGGAUGUCCCAAACGGAAAUUCGUGUUCCAUUUGUUAAAAAACCCAUCUUUGAUACCAGUUUCAGGCUUUCGUGGCCGUUUUUUCGGUAAAAGAAAAACUAGAGGCUGACAAAUGCGGCAGCGCGGGCAUUUAUCAUGCAGCCAUAGAUGGUCGUGUACAGCCUCAUCGUCUGUUCUCUUUUCUUAAAUUUGUCACGUGGAAAGUUGAGACCCAGUAGUUGUAUUUGACUUUCAAUUUCCCUCUACGCGCAGGGGUAAGACAUGACGUCAUUAACGCAGUCACGUCACGAUCGAGUAGAGCAUCAAUCACAGGUCCAGGUAAGAAGUUAAGGUUUUUUUUUUUGCCAAUAGGACAAACAAUAUUGACCAUUAUUGUUUCAUUCGUACUGUAAAAUAUUCAGUCAGCAAGGUUUGUUGAUUGUGUUGAUUGUGUUCAUCCUAAUUAAAGUAGUUUUUACAAUAUACAUUAGGAGUAGCGGCCAUAUUUGCAGUCAAUCUUGUCCCUAGGGUCCUGGCAUCCUCCCGCUGACCGAAAAGCCCGCAGAUUUUGGGUAUGAGACUGCAGUAGAUUGUUACGCCAGUUACAGUUUAGUUCAGGUUUUUAUUACUACAUUCAAACCCCUUUUAAUAUGGACACCUCAUUAUUACGGACAGCUUGCUUUGUCCCUGGGAAAAAUGCCCUUAAAUUUUCUCAAAAUUCAACCCACUUAAUAGGGACACCCCGUUAACGUGGACAAUAUGUUAUUCUAUGACCCCAUAUUAACGGGAAUUGACUGUACUGACCUACGGCUCUCAGUUGUAUUUAAGAUUGACGAACGCUUGUUACAAAAAGUUUUAGUUAAAAAAAAAAAUAGGCAAAUGCAAUUAGAUUGAUUUCAUCACCAACAGAUCAACGAAUAAAUACAGAGAAGAUCAUACGCAACUUAUGCAGUUGCGAAAAGAAAGCUUGAAAAAAUUCAACGACCAGCUCCCCGUUGGCUUGCUACCUCAAUUGGCUAGAGACCAGCACUGGUAUCGCAGUGGUCAGGGUUCCAAAUUUAGCCUAACUUUUUUCAGGCUUUCUUUUCGCAGCUGCAUAAGUUGCGUAUUUUACUGUGAUGAUCUUCUCUACAGUGCAGUUAUUUCUUCCUCCCGCAGUUCAAAUAUAUGAAAGCACAUAUUCAUCAUUUCAGAUCAACGAAUAUCUACAAUACCAUACAAAGUGUACUCUCAGCUUGUCCUGCUCUUAGCAAGAGACAGAAUCAACAUCGCCAGUAGGAUAUUUGAUUUGACACUGGAGGAAGCAAUCGCUUUAAAAGACCUUACAGAGCAUAGCUGUAACUCAAUGCACACCGGCAUGGACGCGGUUUUCCAGCUGAUGAGUGAAAGACAAGUGAGACUUGGCGAGCUAGUGGAGGUGUUAAAAGAGAUGAACCGAUACGAUGCCAUAAGUGUUCUUACUGAGGCUGGAUAUCCUGAAUACACUUUAGGUAACUAAUCUUAGACGUUUCUGGGUAACUGCCCACCUACCCCUCCCCUAAGCCAACAGUAACACUUACUUCACUCCUACCCUUAGACAUGUCGACAUAGAUUGUUUAAUAAAUAGGAGCAAAGAGAAUAUCUCUUGAAUUUUGAGGACCCUAGGAUUUUUUUCAUUGUUCCGUAUAUUACAAGAGCCAUAAUGGCUCUUAGUAUAUUACCCUCUAACUUAGUCAAGUAUCUCAACGUUUCUGUAUUUUCACAUUUUAGACGAAAACAGUGAUCAAGAAGAAGUGAGCGCUGACUCUCUGAGAGUCAACAGCCUGUGAUUGACCCAGCGUUGGAAGAUGGGCUUUUUACAUAGUUUUAGUUUUAUUUAUGCAUAUACAUUAGAGUUUACCACAAUGUUUGUUUUCCUACCUACAUUCAAAAUAUUUUCCAAUAUUAUUUGCACUGCAAUUAAAAACCAAAACACUCGCAUACACUCUCGAUUAAAGAAGCUCAGUUUGAAUUGUACAAAGUAUGGACUCCUGGCAAUGUGUAGUGUACAGUUUACAAGAAAAAUGUUUUUUAAAAAUAUAUAUAUUGUAUCACAAUAGAUAAAGAGCAUUAUAACAAUAAGCGAAUUUUAUUCUUUUGUAAAGGUUCGACGUGAAGGCUGUGUUCCAUCGCAAUCGAACCUUUUAGGCGUUGAACUGAUUGCUCGGAUUUCAUCCACCAUAAGUAGAAACAUGAACAAAGAUUUAUAGAACAAUUAUUUAACGCAACUAUCUUUUCAUCGUUUUCAAAUAUAUUGAGUUUCUUUUCCUUGAAACCGCUCCAGACCCGGGGAAUAAACGUUUGCCGGCAAAUCCGAGGUAAAUGGCGCCGACCAUAACACUAGUUAAGUAAACUUUCAAGACUUUUAGUUAAUUCAUAUCAUAUUUAUAAUGUCUUCAGCUUUCAAUGGUGAAAGUAACAAUCAUAGCUUUGAAUGCUUUGAAGUAAUUUGCUUAGCUUUUGCAAAUUUCUCUCGUUUGACGGCGAUCAGAGGCCGCUGCGCAUGCGUAAACCUUUACAAUAGAAAAUAUUCGAAUUCCCCGACGGUCCUGGGACGAGUAGGCCUUCAGCCAUGAACGCGAGGCUAAUGCGGUUAACGUCUUGGCGAAAACACAAAUAAACAUAGGCAAAUGGCGGCUGAGUCGCUGCAAAACGAUAGAAGUAAGAAGAAAUACCAAGAUUUAAAAGCUGAAACCUUGCAGGUAAGCUAAAGGGAUAGCUCUUUCAAAAAAAUAAAACUGUGGGAAGAGCUGUUCGUUCUAUAGUACAGUUAAAAAAGCCACGAAGCCAAAAGAAGAAGCACAGGAAGUAAUCUAGAAAAUGGUAUUAACAAUUGUGUCAAAAUAUCAAUAUUCGAAUCCUUUUAGUUUCAUACUCAUUAGUCUUAAUUACCUGUGUGUGUAUCUGUAAAAAGGAUUUUAAAAUGAUUAUUAUCGUCU